CAGCCUCAUCUCGGCCGGCGCUCCCUCUUCGCCCGGCUACGCCAAUCUCGCCGCUCACCAUCAUCAUCACCACACCGCUCACGGCCCUUCCGGUCUCUCUCACAUGUCGUCCCCCGGCGGCCUCCACUCUGCCCAUCUUAGCUCCUCCGCUAGUCGUUCAGAAGCCGUCGCCAAUGCCGCCAACGCUGCUGCUGCUGCUGCCGCCGCCGCCUCCGGUUCGCCUCACUGGCAGCAGCAGAUUGUCAAAGCAGAGAUUUCUCGUCAGUCCAAUUCGCCGCACCACCAUGCACGCGCCGCGGCGUUGGCGGCGCGCUCCGCCACCAGCUCGGCCAUUGCCAUCCAAGAUCCCUCCAAGGGCAUUGUCACUCCUCAGGUGGCUGCCAACGGUCUUUUUGUUGCCAAGAAGGACUCAAGUGCCGCCAACGGGGGAGGCGCCGACGACGGCAAGGGAAGCGGUGCUGACACCGCUCCCGCCACAACCAAUGGUGCAGCCCCCAUCUCUUCCACCUCGGCCAAGGACAAGCAGACCUGGUCCACCAUCGACAUGGGCGGUCUCGCGCUCAAGAACAUCGCCAACGAGGUCUACCGCUACUCGUUCCUCACCUCGCUCUUUAUCAACCACAACGCUCUCACCACCCUUUCCUCUGACAUUGUCAAGCUUCGCCACCUCACCGUCCUCGACGCAUCCGGCAACAAGCUUUCCUCGGUGCCCCCAGAGCUUGGCAUGCUCACCAGCCUACGAGAACUCUUCCUCUUCGACAACAACCUUGCUACCCUUCCACCUGAACUUGGCACCUUGCACCAGCUAGAGAUGCUCGGUGUCGAGGGCAAUCCGCUCCAGGACAACUUGCGCUCCCUACUGCAGCGCGAAGGCACCACCGCCGUCAUCGCCUACCUGCGCGAUUCCUGCCCGGUUCCCCUGCCACCGCCGGAGCGCGAGUGGAUUAUGAUCGAUCCCGACCUCCCCGAUCUCGACGCAGACAAGCAUGCAAACGACGCCACGCAAGAGUCGUUCAACGUGCUCUCGUACAACAUCCUCUUUGACCGAUAUGCCACCGCACAGAUGUACGGCUACACGCCCUCCUGGGCUCUAGCAUGGGACUAUCGCAAAGAGUUUAUCCUCCAAGAGGUCAUGUCGUACAGCGCCGACAUUUGCUGUCUCCAAGAGGUCGGCGUCGAGCAGUACGAAGACUACUUUCUCCAUCACCUCUCACAGCAGGAUUACGAGGGCGUCUUUUACCCCAAGUCGCGAGCACGCACCAUGCGCGACGACGAGAGGCGUCGUGUCGAUGGUUGCGCCAUCUUCUACAAGUCGAACAAGUACCAGCUCAUCGAAAAGCAACUCGUCGAGUUCAAUCAGAUCGCCCUCCAACGUCCCGACUUUAAAAAGUCCGAGGACAUGUACAACCGUGUCAUGACCAAAGACAACAUCGCCGUCAUUGCGCUGCUCGAAAACAAGCUCUCCGGAUCCCGCAUUGUUGUCGCCAACGUGCACACCCACUGGGACCCGGCGUUCCGCGACGUCAAGUUGGUUCAAGUGGCCAUGCUCAUGGAUGAGGUGGAAAAGGCUGGUGCUCGGUUUGCCAAGCUCCCGCCCAAACCCAGCGUUGCCGAGGGGUAUCCGCCGCCGCCCAAGUAUACGCACGCCAACCAGAUUCCGACCAUCAUCUGCGGUGAUUUCAACAGCGUGCCUGAAACCGGUGUCUACGACUUUCUCGCCAACGGCGCGGUGCCCGGUGAUCACGAGGAUUUUAUGGACCACGUCUACGGCAACUACACUGCGCAGGGUCUGCAGCACAGCUACAAGCUCGAAUCGUCGUACGUACCCAUCGGCGAGCUUCCGUUCACCAACUACACUCCCGGCUACGAAGGUGCGAUCGACUACAUUUUCUACACCAAGAACACGCUCAGCGUCACGGGCGUGUUGGGCGAGAUCGACAAGCAGUACCUUUCCAAGGUGGUCGGUUUCCCCAAUGCGCAUUUCCCCAGCGACCACAUUUGCAUCAUGAGCGAGUUCAAUGUCAAGAGAUCCGAUCGAGGCUCAUCGUCGACCACAGCCAGAGAGGUUCAUCACCCGACUUCGUCCUCCAACGCCAGUAGUAUGCCGAGAAGGUGA